AUGGCAGGGACAGGGCCAUGCAGCGGGCGCGGCUUGGAAUUUGGUCCCGAGUUCUGCUUGCCGCAUUUGGAGGUGUCCGACAGCAUUGCACGGCGCCUCGUGGGUGCCUCGCCGCUGCAGGGGCUGACUCCGGAGACCCCCGGCGUCUCCAGUCGCUCCUGGCAGGAGUUGGCGGCAGUGGCAACCCAGUUGCCAGACAUCCGCUGGCUCGGAAGGCAGGUUUUAAUGUGGUGUGGAAAGCCGCAGGAGGACUUGUGGAAUGACUUUGCCGUCCUCCACCAGAACCAGACGACCGAUUUAGAGAUUCCGGGUCAUCGCGGCUACUUCGGAGAGAAAGCUCUUCGAUUCGGCGGCGUGGACAUUAUUCUACGUACCCUUGCACUGUUCCAAGCAGAUGAACGCGUGGGCAACCAUGGAAUUCUGGAUAUUUUUUCCGAGCCAUUGCAUGGAAGGUUUCGAUCUAUUCUGCAUUUCGCUCCGAGAACCGACUUCUUUCUUCGACCCGAAAACUUUCGAAGAUACAUCCUUCCCAGACUGGACAGAGACAGGACCCUUACACCACAACAGAUCGCGAACACCAUGCUUGUGAUGGUCGCACCUCCGCAGACGCCCCUAAAGCUCGAAGCCUUCAAGCUGGUCACGCAGCGGUUCGGAGCCUGUCUUGCCGCAUCAGUGGCUGACAUGGCCAUGUGUCUGUGCUGCACAUCCACCGGCUGGGAGGAGGUCUUCUGCAACGCAGACAUCCGUGGUGCUGCGCGGGUUCUUUGGCACCUUUGCGAGGACACGGAGGCCCCACCAUUCCCUCCAGCAGCUCGCGGUUCACGCAGCUAUGCGGAGAUGCUGCUGGAGGCGCAGCAUCUCCAACUUGCACGGAACUUAGACGAUUUCGAGCUGGAGUUGGAGGGCGAGGAUGCACAGGACCCCCUGCUUGCCGAAGACUAUUCGUUUACAUCGCUGGUGCAGCGCUGUGUCGCCCGACAUGCCUUCGAAAAUGAGGGACUGCAGCUGCUUUGUGAGGCCGUCGGCCUGAGUUUCACGGGCCUGCCCGAAGGAGCAGAAGAGGAAGCUUUGAAGCAAGCAUCCGAAGAAGAGCAACGAGCCAUCACAGCGCUCGGCUUGACCUGCACGCACCUCGCCGAGGACGUCCGUGCGUCAAAGAGAAGCAGGGAAAGCUGA